AUGGAACAAAAUGGCGCCCAAAGCAAGCGCAAGCAGCCGCCUACGCCCAGCAACGAGCGCCCUAUGAAGCAGAUCAAAGCUGAGACAGAUGUUCACAGUCGCAACGGCGUGGCUACGUCGCCUACACCAGAGAUGGAUGUAGAUGAUGCGCAUAGUGAUGUCAGCCUCGAACCAAUACCCAUUGUGCCCGUUGCUGGCGCAGUGCACGACACGGCUGAGUGGCAAAAGACAAUCGAAGGCGUCGUGAAAAGCGUCGUUUCUAUCCACUUCUGCCAGACAUGCUCGUUCGACACAGAUCCGGCAAUUGCCUCGGAGGCGACUGGAUUCGUUGUGGAUGCAGAGAGGGGUUACAUCAUGACGAACAGGCACGUUGUCGGCGCAGGACCUUUUAUCGGCUACUGCAUCUUCGAUAAUCACGAGGAGUGCGACGUGUACCCCGUGUACCGCGACCCCGUCCACGACUUCGGCAUUCUGCGCUUCGACCCCUCCAAGAUCAAGUACAUGCCCCUUACUGCGCUGCAGCUGCACCCAGACCUCGCCAAAGUUGGUGUCGAGAUUCGUGUCGUUGGUAACGAUGCUGGUGAGAAGCUCAGUAUCCUGUCUGGUGUCAUCAGUCGGCUUGACCGCAAUGCGCCAGAGUACGGCGAGGGCUACUCCGACUUCAACACAAACUACAUUCAGGCCGCUGCCGCUGCGAGUGGUGGAAGUUCUGGCAGUCCAGUCGUGAAUCGGGAUGGCUUUGCUGUUGCCCUGCAGGCAGGUGGGCGAUCUGACGGCGCCGCUACCGAUUACUUCCUGCCCCUCGACCGCCCAUUGCGAGCGCUCGAGCUUGUUCGCCAAGGAAAAGUCGUAUCGCGAGGCACCAUACAGACCCAGUGGAUACUGAAACCCUUCGACGAAUGCCGAAGGCUGGGUCUAUCGGCAGAUGUUGAGGAAGCAGUCCGCACUCGAUUCCCCAAGGAGACGGGCAUGCUGGUGGCCGAGGUCGUUCUCCCCCAAGGUCCAGCUUCGAGCAAGAUCGAAGAGGGUGACCUUUUGACGCAUGUGAAUGGUGAGCUUCUCACACAGUUCGUCCGUCUCGAUGCGAUACUGGAUGACAAUGUCGGCCAAACCAUAUCAAUGACGAUCCAGCGUGCUGGUGAGAACAUGAGUGUUGAGCUGGAUGUCGGCGACUUGCACGCCAUCACGCCAGACAGGUUCGUGUCAGUGGCCGGAGCUUCGUUCCACGACCUAUCUUACCAGCAGGCUCGCCUUUAUGCCAUUUCACUCAAGAACGCAGGUGUUUACGUGUGCGAAGCAGCGGGCUCGUUCCGCUUCGCCGACGGCUACGCGUCGGGUUGGUUGAUCCAGGAAGUAGACAAUCAGCCUACGCCAAACCUCAACGCCUUCAUCGAAGUCAUGCGCAGGAUACCUGACCGCAAGCGCGUUGUCAUCAUGUACAAGCAUCUGCGUGAUCUGCAUACUGUUAACACAAGCAUCACAGCCAUCGACAGGCAUUGGCAUGCAAAGGUUAGGGUAGCUACGCGCAAUGAUGCCACAGGGUUGUGGGACUUCAAACCGCUAGCUGAUCCCGUGCCUGCGAUACCACCAGUGCCCCGCCGCGCCAACUUCGUCAAGAUGAAUUCGCAGUAUCCUGAAGCAGUUGAUAUUGUCCGCAGUCUUGUGCGUGUACACGUCUCCAUGCCAAUCAAGCUUGACGGUUUUCCCAAGAUGAACAAGCAAGGCUACGGUAUUGUAGUAGAUGCCGAGCAAGGUCUCGUCCUCGUCUCGCGAGCCAUCUUGCCAUACGAUCUCUGCGACAUCUCUUUGAUCAUUGCAGACAGUAUCUUCAUUGAUGCCAAAGUCGUGUUCAUGCAUCCAUUACAGAACUACGCCAUCGUCAAGUAUGACCCUUCGCUCGUCCAAGCAUCUGUCAAGACCCCCAAGUUCGCCACCGAUUUCAUCAAGAAGGGUGACGAAACGAUCUUCUUUGGCAUGAACCAAAACUUCCGCCCUGUCGUAACAAAAACAGUCGUCACAGACAUCACCACCGUUGCCAUUCCUGCCAGCGCCAUUACACCUCGCUACCGCGCGACGAACUUUGAUGCCAUCACCGUAGACACCAAUCAGGCGUCCCACAGUGGCUCAGGUGUCCUGAUCGCCGAAGACGGUACAGUGCAGGCUCUUUGGCUCUCCUACCUCGGUGAGCGGACGUCGCACAGCGGCAAAGACGUUGAAUACCACCUAGGCCUCGCAACACCCAACCUCCUCCCUGUCUUGAAUGAGAUCAGGGGCGGCAAGACCCCGAAGCUUCGCAUUCUCAACGUCGAGUUCCAGACCGUACAAAUGAGCCAAGCGCGCGUGAUGGGUGUAUCGGAAGAGUGGAUCGAGAAGACCGAACACGCAGACCCAGAGCGACACCAACUCUUCAUGGUCCGCAAGGUCGACUCUGGACACGGCGAUGGCCUGCAAGAGGGCGAUGUGCUACUCACACUCAACGGUGAGCUUGUCACAAGGAGUCCAGACCUCGACGUCAUGUACACCAACGAGUUCCUCGACGCCGUUGUGGUGCGAAAACGCAGCGAGCUGGCCAUUAAGGUCCUAACCGUGCCCACGGAGGACCUCGAGACAGACCGCCUAGUCAGCUUCUGUGGCGCUACAUUCCACCGCCCGCAUCAGGCUGUAAGACAGCAGAUCAGCAAGAUUCACUCCGAUGUGUACAUUUCGUCGCGCGCCCGCGGUUCGCCGGCAUAUAUGUAUGGCCUGGCACCGACCAACUUCCUGACUCACGUCAACAACAAGCCUACCCCAGACCUCGACUCCUUCCUUGAAGCCGUCAAGCAGAUCAAGGACAAUGAGUACUUCCGCCUCAAGGUCAUGACCUUCGACAACGUGCCCUGGGUGGCGACGAUGAAGAAGAACGAGCACUACUUCCCCACAAUCGAGUACGUAAAGGACAAGAGCGAGGAACUCGGGUGGAGAAAGAUCAUCCACGAGUGCGAUGAUGGAGGCGCGCGCGAGGAGGCUGUUGACGGCGGGGAGGCGGAAGCUGCCGAGGGUGAAGGCUGCGAUGAGUAA